CGCAGAGCUGAUCAUGUGACUCACCCUUACAGGUUUGCACUUUCUCUAGUCAGUCCGCGGCUGUCCGACCUAAAGUCGUCUCUCUGAUUGAAGGCUGACUUUUCUCCCGUUGCCAUAGAAACGACAUUGAACAUGAGGCUGUGGAGGGAGACUCUGGGUUUCCUGUUACUGUGGGCCUGUCUGGACUCUGCACACUCAAAGAGCUGCUCCUCGUUUUUCUGCCGAAAGUCUCACCGUGUCAGCGGCCUGAAUGGAGUCGACCCCGGGUCUCCUCUCUUUCUCACUCCCUACCUGGAGAAGGGCGCCAUAGAUGAAGCCAGGAAACUGAGUCUGGUAGGAGAUCUGCCAGGUGCCAGUGUCAAGAGUUAUGCCGGGUACCUCACUGUCAACAAAAAAUACAACAGCAACCUCUUCUUCUGGUUCUUCCCUGCAAUGAUGGCGGACCAGGAUAAAGCUCCAGUCCUGCUGUGGCUGCAAGGCGGACCCGGUGGCACCUCUAUGUUCGGUCUCUUUGUGGAACAUGGACCAUAUGUGGUGUAUAAGAACUUGACUGUUGGUUUGAGGGAUUACGCUUGGACAUCAAGAUAUUCAGUUUUGUACAUUGACAAUCCAGUUGGAACAGGUUUCAGCUUCACUGAUGAUGACAGAGGUUUUGCUCAGAACCAGGAUGAUGUAGGCAGAGAUCUGUACAGUGCUUUAACACAGUUCUUCCAGAUAUUUCCUGAGUAUCAGGCCAAUGAGUUCUAUGCAACUGGGGAGUCUUAUGCAGGAAAGUAUGUUCCUGCCAUUUCUUACUACAUCCAUAAAAACAACCCCACUGCCAAAGUGAAGAUUAACCUCAAGGGGAUGGCUAUUGGUGAUGGGCUCUGUGAUCCAGAAAUGAUGCUGGGUGGUUAUGGUGAGUUCAUGUACCAAACUGGUAUGAUAGAUGAGCUCCAGAAGGAGUAUGUCGUCCAGCAGACAGACUUAGGGGUUAAACUCAUCCACCAGCAAAAGUGGGUGGAGGCUUUUCAGGUGUUUGACAGCUUGCUGAAUGGUGACGUGGAACCAUAUCCCUCCUUUUUCCAAAAUGCUACAGGCUGCACCAACUACUUCAACUACAUGACAUGUCAGGAGCCUGAAGACCAGGAGUACUUCUCCCAGUUUGUGACUCUGCCUGUGGUGCGUCUUGCCAUCCAUGUGGGGAACCUGACAUUCAACGACGGCUCUAAGGUGGAGAAGCACCUUCUGCAGGAUGUCAUGAAGAGCAUCAAACCGUGGCUGGGAGUGCUUAUGGACAACUACAGGGUAUUAAUCUACAGUGGUCAGUUGGAUGUAAUUGUAGCAGCCCCACUGACUGAGAGGUUUCUGCCUACUGUCAACUGGACCGGGGCUGCUGAGUACAAAACUGCCCCUCGCUUCCACUGGAAGGUUCAGCCCAGUGACACAGAGGUGGCAGGUUACGUAAGACAAGUGGGAGAGUUUUACCAGGUCAUCAUCCGAGGAGGGGGACACAUUCUGCCUUACGACCAACCAGCGAGGUCCUUUGACAUGAUUGACAGAUUCCUUUCGACGCAGGGCUGGAUAUGAAAUGUUUCCUUAUUGAGAGCUUACUGUUGAUUAUUGACUGUUAAUUUGAAAUACUGAUGAUUAUCUCAGGCAACGUAAAUCAGCACAUUGUUGGAUUUUAAUUCUGUUUUUUCUUUUUUUUUUUCAGCUGAUUUUCUUUUUUAUUUUAUUUUUUUAUCUUACCAGUUUGCGUUUAGACUUUGGGACUGCUCUGUGAUGCAAUGCAAAUGAAAUAAAUUCUCUUAGCCUGGA